GACUACAACAUGCUCAAGCUGUCCAAGCCACCAGACAUCCAUGCAGUGGCCAGUCUGCUCAAGGCCUAUCUCCGCGAGCUGCCCGAGAGUGUGCUGACGACGCGCUUGCACCAACGGUUCGUGCGGGUGGUGGACUUGGCGGACCGCAGCGACCGCAUACACGAGCUCGGUCACCUCGUCUCGGAGCUUCCGCUAGCCAACUAUACAUUGCUCCGCGCGCUCAUGGCUCACCUCAUUCGCAUUGUGCAAAAGGUAGAUAUCAACAAGAUGACGCUGCGCAACAUCUGCAUCGUAUUCUCCCCCUCGCUUGGCAUCACAGGCAACGUGUUCAGCCUGCUGAUGGUGGAGUUUGAGUAUAUCUUCUGGGUCAAC